GUCUGAAGGACUGAAGGAGACUCGAUUGCGCAAACGUGACGUCCCCGGCAUUCAUCCGCCGUUGCCCGCUGCUUUUCCCCCCGAGUAUUUACCGACUCUUCACUCUCCUUUUGCAGAUGCAUCGGCCGACGGGAUCGAUGGACGAUGAUCUUGAAUUGCCAUGGGGCGAAACGUAUUGAGGAUCUUGCCGCUCCUCUGUUGCAUGCUGCAGCCGCUCCUCGGCCAAAUAAUUCGAGACGCACGAUGCUUCCUGGAAAACGGAGCUACCGCGGCGCAUCUCUUCGUCAGCGAGGAUCUGCCCGUAGGCGACACUAUCGGGGUCCUCGGGGUGCUAGGUGAUCCGAGCUUACACGGUGACAUCGUGCUGAGCUUGGAGGUGAAGGACAAGGAUGUCCCCGUCGCAAUCUCGCCGUACUCGAAGAACUUGACGCUCAUCAAGCCGCUCGACAAGGAAGGUAUCGAGGGACCAGCUAGUGUCAUCAUUAGUGUCAUCUGUAACAGGAAGCAUACUUUAGACCCGGAAAUCAGCAUACCAGUGAACAUUCGCGUGAUCGACGCGAAUGAUAACUCGCCGCAAUUCAUCAAUGCGCCUUACGUGCUGAAUAUUUCCGAGGUUACCGUCAAUGGCACGAGAGUUCUACAAGGAGUUCGAGCUGUGGAUGCCGACCAGCCGGGGCCGUUUUCCACGGUGCAGUAUUCAGUGCUUCCAGGACCACAUUCGGACUACUUUUACUUCGUGAAUGCCCUGGAAGGUACCCUUGCCCUGAAUAAAUCGCUGAAUUACGAGAAUCUCACUUCUUUCUCCGUGGGCAUUCGCGCUCAAGACCAAGGUAAUCCGCCUCGGUUUUCGACGACAACAUUAUAUGUCAACGUUAUCGACGCCGACGAUCAGAAUCCAAUUUUCUUGAACGAACAAUACAAGGUCCUCGUACCCCGUCGUAUGAAAGAUGCAAAACCGCUGAGAGUGCUUCCCAACAAGAUAAAGGCCGUCGAUCAAGAUGUCGGUAUAAACGCGCCUGUCAGAUACACGAUUCGAGGUGAGCUUCCUCCUUUCCUAGAGCUCAACGUCAAAACUGCUGAAUUUGUUAUGACGCGAUCGCUACUCGAUAACGAGCUAACAACACCGGCGACUGUUAUAAUGAAGGCUAUCCAAGUGGAUAAUCCCGAUAGGUAUGCCCUCGCCACAGUCUCUAUAUCGCGAGAAGAUAAUCGAUCACCUGUGAAAUUCAUACUGCCGGAUCAUAACACGAGAGUGCCGGAGAACACGCCGUCUGGGAGCGUCCUUCUUACGACGAGAGUCAAUAAUCCCGAUCCUAACUUGAAAUUCUGGCUGAGGGGCGCAAUGGAGGACCUCCAGCGAUUCAACAUCACCAACUCCGGCGAGUUAAUUCUUAUUGGCGGACUGGAUUACGAGCACCGUGUCCAGCAUAGUUUUCUGGUUUACGUCACCGACGGAUAUUACAAUGACUCGUCACGUGUGAACAUUUCGGUCGAAAACGUGAAUGAGUGGGAGCCUCGAUUCCGACAUCCUCGAUAUGAAUUCCACGCCCGUUCCGUGGCAGAAGGCGCCGUCGUCGGGAAAGUGGAAGUGGCCGAUCCCGACAAAGACGACAAAGUCAGCUUAUCCCUCAGAGGACCGGACGCGAGGUCCUUCGAAGUUCGAGAUAACGGAGAAUUGGUACUAAGAUCGCUGGGUCCUUUCAACGGAUCUUUGGCUCGAUUGGUAGCGGUGGCAUCUGACACUGGAAAUCCGCCCAGGUCUAGUAUGAUCCCGAUAAUCGUACACAUACCGAAUGGCGGAUCGUUGCCGGUCGCCGCGAGAGCUGCGCCCGCUUGGCUAGGAAGCAGCGUGCUGUUGAUCGCCAUCUUCGCUGCCGUUUUGGGCCUCCUUGGAGUCGUCAUACUGAUCCUCAUCCUUUACAUUUACAAGCAUAAAAGGCCCAAAAGCAGUAAUUCAGUCAGUUCCGUGGGCACCGGAUAUCGCGAGAAAUCGCCGGUACCUUCAGCCCUAAGCCCGACGCCGCAAGUGCUAGGUGCCACUGUUCUCCAGGAUGCCUUGGAAGGCCCGCGCAACCGACGUCGCCAAAGCGACGGCAACGAAGAUGAUAACGCCGAGAAUCAUCGCAACGAUAUCGACAAUCCUGUCUUCGGAGAAAGCAACGAUAACUCGUACAGCGCUACGAUAAAAAGUAUAGCGUCGGCGAGGCAAUUACCAUUGUAUGCCAGACACAAAGUGGCACCCGCCCCGAAUCCGCCAGCUUUAUCAGCGACUUCGAACAUUCCCAACAUCGGCGGACUGGUGCAGAAUAUGAACGACUUGAGCGCCAGAACUAACCUGGACGCGGGAUCCCAUGACUCUUCCAAUUAUUCCGGAGAUCCCCCGGAUUCUCUGGUGCCGGCUUGGCCUGCUGGCUCGGCUCUGCCGAGGAUCAAAAAGCUGUCCUGGGACGACGACGACAGGACCGUAGACAGUGUCGAGGUCGCGGCGGAAACGCGAACCGGAAGCAGCCAAGCUGGCAACGAGAGGCUCAAUCUCACCGUGUACUUUUAACGAUCGAUUAUUGUUAAUGCGAGAGAUGAAUCCGAUUGUGAAUGACGAGCGAUUGCGAUCGUAAGCGCGCUCUUCGACCAGUUUAAUUAAAUAAAGUCUCUAAAAUUAAUGUCGGAAUUCUGCGAGUGAACUUCGGCGCAUUUGCAACACAACAAUGCGACCUCACGCGCGUAUUCGGUCCACGGAACAUCUGUGCUAUCCAGUGUUAUCCUGCGCAACAUAGCGUUAACUUGCAUUAUCUUUCGGACAGAUUAUGUUUGCGAUCUGCUGCUGGCCGCGACAUCGAUCUCCGAUUGUAGGAAGUGGUUAUUGGUAAUUGUUGAAAAUAGAACGACGGAAAUGCUA